UCGCCGACGGGGACGCCGACGACGGUCUGGAUCAGCAAAGGAAAGAAGCCUAGAUUUAUUCUCGGAGAGUCAUUUCGAAGGCGAGUGUUCUUUAACUAUGAGAAAAGAUUGAGGCUGCGAAGUCAGCCCGAGAAGAUUUUUGAGUACUUUUCAUCUUUUCGUGGUCCUGAGGGAGAGGUAUUCAUGUCAGCAGCAGAUUUGAUGAGAGCAGUUGUUCCUGUAUUUCCUCCAUCAGAAUCACAUAUCAUUAGAGAAGGACAUCUUAGAGGAGAGCGCUUUGUUGGUGAACUGCAUUGUGAUCCGUCACCGUUGUUUAUGCUUUUUGAUACUAACAGUGAUGGACUGAUAUCCUUUCCGGAGUAUAUCUUCUUUGUCACGUUGCUCAGCAUUCCUGAAUCAAGCUUCAGUGUGGCGUUUAAAAUUUUUGAUCUUGACAAUAGUGGAGAGAUCGAGAAAGAGGAGUUUAAGAAAGUGAUGACUUUGAUGCGAUCUUCUAACCGGCAGGGGGCUUGUCAUAGCAAUGGAUUACGCAUAGGCCUGAAAGUUCACAGCUCUGUUGAGAAUGCGGGCCUAGUGGACUUCUUUUUUGGUGAGGAUGGAAAUGAAAGGCUCCAGCAUGACAAGUUUGUCAAGUUUUUGAGGGAUUUGCAUGAUGAGAUUCUGCGCUUGGAGUUUGACCAUUACGACUAUAAGCAAAGAAAAUCAAUUUCUUCAAAGGACUUUGCCCUGUCAAUGGUUGCUUCUGCUGACAUGAAUCAUAUAAAUAAGUUUCUCGAUCGUGUAGACGAAGUGGAUAGUGACUCUUAUCUUAGAGAUGUACGCAUUACCUUUGAGGAAUUCAAGGCUUUUGCGGACCUACGCAAGCAAUUGCACCCAUUGUCUCUGGCAAUCUUCAGUUAUGGGAAAGUAAAUGGUUUAUUGACAAAGGAAGACUUCAAAAGAGCCGCAUCUCAGGUCUGUGGUGUUCCUUUGACCGACAACGUGGUCGAUGUAAUUUUCCACGUCUUUGAUACGAACCGUGAUGGGAAUUUGAGCUCGGAGGAGUUUCUGAGGGCUAUGCAGAAAAGGGAAGAUGAUAUCCGCCAUCCCACGGUCCCAGGUUUACUCGGCCGCCUGGCUUGUUGUUUGAACCGUUCGGAUUCUUGUUCUCCAACGCAAGCGGUCACAAACUAGAAAUCAGCGGAAGCGACCUAAAACUUUGGCUCUGUCAAGUUUUCGGUCUCCAGAACACAAGGGUCCAGAAGUGGACUUGUGAGAAGUAGAAUCUCUUGUAUGACAUUACGGAGGGAUGUACAAAGGAGUUUGGUCUUCUCUAAAGAGGGAAUGAUGAAAAUGUUACCUGUUGUAUAGCCAGCAAGAGCACGUCCUUUGGGGAAACUGCGAGUUUGUGUAUGUUAUUUUGCGUGUACAUAAUUUAAGGUAGUGAGCUACGUACGCGGGUUGCUUGUAAAUAGUAGCUGUGAAGGCAUUCAUGUAUUUGCGAGUAAUAACGCCGGUCUCGGCUCCGACGAUGGCCUCUCUUGUUGUACAAUUCCAGAAACUUUUACUGGAUGCGUGGCUGUUGAUUUC